AUGCGGCGCCGUCGACUUCCAAGGGCUGGCGCUCUGGCAGACCUCCCUCCGUCGAAGAUCAUACGCAAGAUCCUUGCGAUACAGCUAGCUUACUAUGCCUGCGCUACGAUUUUGAUCCUUUUUACUGCCCUGGUGGCUGGUACUGCAUUUUCUCCUGACCUUAUACUGAGCUGGAGGACUGUUCGAGGGGAUACAACUGUCGGAUGGACUCUGGGGUUCGUCUGGUUGUUGAACAGCUCCCUUGGAGCUAUAUUUCUCCUCUUGUUUGUGUCCCGGUCAAAACUGAUACCUGACUUCGCCUUUACGCUACACUUCAUUCAUCUUACUAUCACAUCUUUUUAUACACAUUCUGUCCCUACGAAUAUGCUCUGGUGGGGACUACAGACUGCUAGUGCUACGCUCAUGACAUUCUUGGGCAUGUGGGCGUGUCAGUGGAGAGAGCUACAGCCUAUUGCCUUUGGAGGCCAAGCUGCGACUACCAGCACCAGGCAACAACAGCAGCAGCAGACUCCUGCCACAGACGCUGACAUAGAGAGUGGCAUCGAUCUUGAAAACAUGUCGAGGGGAAGAGGCAGAGGUCGAGACCGAGAUGGCGGCGGAGAUUACGUCGAGGUUCCUAGUAAGGAGGUUGAAUCUACUGCAUAA